AAAAAAAAAAAAAAAGUGUGAUUAGUGCAAAGAUUAAGACGCCAUUAUAUUAUCCGUCAGACGAUGUCAGUUGUACCUCCUAAUCGAUCAUCUACCGGUUGGCCUCGUGGAGUAAAUCAGUUCGGCAAUAAAUACAUUAGCCAGCCGGCUAAACCGCUCACCCUGGAGAGACCAAUCAAUCUAUACCCACUAACAAAUUACACAUUCGGCACUAAGGAGCCGCUCUAUGAGAAGGACAGCUCAGUAGCCGCACGCUUUCAGCGGAUGCGGGAAGAAUUUGAGAAAAUCGGGAUGCGGCGGGCUGUGGAAGGGGUUCUGAUCGUUCAUGAGCACAGACUCCCUCACGUGCUGCUGCUGCAGCUGGGAACCACCUUCUUCAAACUUCCCGGGGGUGAGUUGAACCCUGGAGAGGAUGAGGUGGAGGGGUUGAAACGACUAAUGACUGAGAUUUUGGGGCGUCAGGAUGGAGUGAAACAGGACUGGGUCAUUGAUGACUGUAUUGGGAACUGGUGGAGACCAAACUUUGAACCACCGCAGUACCCUUAUAUUCCAGCACACAUCACUAAGCCUAAAGAACAUAAGAAGCUUUUUCUAGUACAGCUGCAAGAGAAAGCGUUGUUUGCUGUGCCAAAGAACUACAAGCUGGUGGCCGCCCCCUUGUUUGAGCUUUAUGAUAAUGCUCCUGGAUAUGGCCCAAUUAUAUCCAGUCUUCCACAGCUACUGAGCAGAAGGUUCACUUACAGAUUCGCUAUUGGUAGAGAUGCUGCUGCCGAAAAAUGUUGAGAGACGAACAUGUAGUACUCUGGUUUAACUUCAUCUACAAUUGAGAAGCGUGAGGUUUUGUCAUGACCGUGGACUGUCUCUGUGAGCGCAGUCUGAUGGGGUAACAGAUGAAGAUGUGGUGGUUAGGUGUUGGCAAGGUCCAUUGAGGUUUACGAAAUUUUGCAUUUUCUGGCCUGUCUGCAUUACAUUGAUUUAGAUUGCAUAGAAAUGUGUGCAUUUUUUUCUCAUUUAUAGAUGCGUUGCAAGUCUUUGUUAUUGAACUUUGUCAUCAAGUAACUACAAUUUUAUGUUUGACUACGUGGUGAACACAAUGUCUUUUGAAAAAAAUGUUUCAGUGACUUUUUUUUUAAACCUUGUAUAUUUGUCAGUGCUUUUUAUAAUAAAUUGUUUUCAUGGAGAUUUUGCAGGUAAAGCACAAUGUUUUGACAGGUUCACCCAAAAAUAUGAAAUUUACUCACAC